AAACAGCUUUCCGACUGGCCUAACCCAAAGUCGCCACUGCGCUAUAAGUAUGUGCUCAAUUGUUAAUAUGGGUUAUUCAUGCUCCCGAGUCCCCUGUCAGAGGUCGCGAUUUGACUUCUUUCCGCGAUCGCGAGCGCGGAUUGCGGGACUGAGCUGCAUAAACUAGCCUUGUCUCCAGCAUUGCUUGUGACAACUGCCUUGCGACUUGCACACAUUGUGGCCGCAAGUUUCGUCCGCAAGACAGCCUUCCGCAUCCGUUUUGAUUUUCUACGCUUCCACGUGGAAGGUGAUUUAGCUUUGGCCCUGCUAGUUCCAAUCCGGCGACUUCUCCUCCGUCCUCUCCCCUUUAUCUACGACUCAGGGCAGCACCCCAUCACUGGAAAGUAUCCUCGGAGAUUUACCGUGUGAGUCUUUCCCAAAACAGCACAAUCACCCAGAAACCGGGACGAUUUCUGGCCGGCCCACCUCGCUGCUCAAUCACGAAAUAUCAAUACAUGCCCACAUCCAUCGCACAUCGCAUAUCCCCCUGGGAUUUAGCCACUGAGACUUUCUUCAGUCUAGGACACUCAAAGUUUCCUGGCGAAACAACGUGCCAGGCAAUUGGGCCCGCUGGGGGGACAAUGCUGGAUGUAUUUUCACCCGCUUCUGGAGCCAGGGACUGGUGCGAGCGAGGUGGCGAGUCGUGCGCACCUGAGCAUCCGCAUGCAAGUCUUGGCCCAUCCGAUGGCUCGUCUGUCCCUGUUGCUCGCACGGUCAUACAGCGAGACCGAUUCUCCGUGUAUUCAACCUCUCAGCGCUUGAUAGCUUCACCGAUGGGAUGAAGAGCUGUAAGGAUCUAUUCGAAGUCAGAUCCUUUUUUUGCUUCGUGUCUCUCACACAUCCUGGGCUGUGAUCGGCCGGAAUCUUCUUCGUUCUGGUCGGAUCCAGAUUCGUGGCGUUCCUAAUCAGAUCUGAAGCCCAAAACUGGGGAGACUCCCCACGAGUGCUUAAAUCUUACUUGGCCCGACGUCAAUGCAAUGCGUCCGCCGCGUGAAUGCGCAAUUUCCACGACCAACCUCGAAACACCAGGACGAUGCGAUCCGACCUGGAUCAGAGUUUUGAGGUCGAAUCAAGUCGUUCUGUUCGUGCGCGCUGACCCUGGACUCGAUCCUCCAUGGACAAUAAUAAUAAACAGACCCUGCGCCAUUCGAUGAACGCGUCGCCCGGCGCUGGAUGCCCAGUGUGUCCGGAAACUGCCCUUGCGAAGACAGCACGAGUCUGAUGACCACUGCCUUGUUCACUUGGCCCAAAUAAUAUCAAUGCAUCACACCCCAAGCGCCGGCUUCCGGCCCGGGUCCCCCACCAUCCGAAAAGGAUGUCAGGUACUCACGACCAAUACCAUAGAUUUCGCCGUCCUGGGGAUAGCACUCCCCGCUGCCCAGUACGCUUUAGACUGAUCGGCGUAAAUCACGCGGCUAUCGUCCCGGCAGACCAGACCUUUAUCAUAUCAUAUCAUGUUAUUGUCAUCAUAAGUACUUAUUCAUCAUCACAAGAACUUGCAGGGAGUGCUGUAAAGGCCAUCAAUCACUUGCCUAAUUCUCAGUCGGAUGAAUGAAACA